CUGAGAACCACAUCCUACUCCCACUAAGGUUAUGAAGGAGGACCUCAUCAAGGAGAACCUCAACAAAGAGAACCCAAUCCAGGAGAACCUCAACAAAGAGAACCCCAUCAGAGAACCUCAACAAAGAGAACCCCAUCAGAGAACCUCAACAAAGAGAACCCAAUCCAGGAGAACCUCAACAAAGAGAACCCCAUCAGAGAACCUCAACAAAGAGAACCCCAUCAGAGAACCUCAGCCAGCCAGUCAGACCGGCCCCAUCGCCCACUGCCAUGACAAGCAAACCCAAAUAUAUCGUUAAUCACCUGCUGACCUUCUCGCUGCGGAGCGAGGUGGCGGACGUGGAGGCCGCCCGGACACGCCUCUGCCAGCUGGCCAAGGCCGACAAGCUGUGGAGCCAGUGCAUGGUCCUGGAGGUGGGGCCCGCCGCCCUCCGGCUGCUGGACAUCCAGACCAAGGAGGAGCUGGAGCGUUACCCUGUGGGCGUGGUCCAUCGCUGCGACGCCAUCUUCUCCGUGCCCGAGUUCCCCAGCCUGCUGCUUCUGGUCUGCGGCUCGGACCAGGAGAGCUCUGACGUGCUGUUCUUCAGCUGCGAGGCGGCCAAGAGGAUCCGCGAUGACAUCACACUCGUGGUUUCGCCCUCGCCCUCCAAUAGGAACACAGAGACGCCAGAGGAAAGAGAGAGAGAUACACACACACUCACACAGAGAGAGACAGAGAGCACAGAGAGAGUGAGAGAGAGAGACAGAGAGAGCAACAAAGAGAGAGACGGAGAGAGUGACAGAGAGAGACAGAGAGAGUGGCAGUGUUUGCUUGCGUUGGGGCUAGUAACCCUCACCGAGUGUAGAGCGCCUACCUCUGUGGCUCCAGCUGGACCCAGAGGACGAGCGAUACGGUUUGCUCAGAGUGCAGAGAACAUGAUCGACCCCUACGGAAUACCGAGCCCCCCCAUCGCCCACGCCCCCAACGCCCCGCCCGCCUGCCCCCCCCCUUACCCCGGACCCAGAGCUAACGGUGUAAGCGGAGGAGCUGACGUCUCCUUCCUGAGGGCCGACAGAGAAGUGAGGAUUCUCAACCACUGCUUCGACGACAUGGAGUGCUUCCUGUCCAGACUGCAGCAGGCCGCCGAGGCAAACGGCACCCUAAGCCUGAAGAAGAAGAAGAAGAGGAAAAGCAAAAAGCAAAUGGCAGAAGAUGACCUCCUGGCAGACCGCGCCCGCCCCCCGUCCCAGGAGGAGUUCCUGGAUAUAUUCCAGAAGUUUAAAUACUGCUUCUGCCUCCUGGCCCGUCUGAAGUCCGCCAUCGCCAGCCCCUCAUCCCAGGAGUUGGUCCACUACCUCUUCAGGCCUCUUGAUAUGGUGGUGAGGACCACAGGGGGUCCGGCCUUGGGGGCCUCGGUGUCCAGCCCGGCUCUGAGCAGCGCGGCCGUCACCCUGCUGAGGGCCACGCUGGGGGAGGACGAGAAGCAGCUCUGGACGUCCCUGGGGCCCAACUGGACGCUGGGCCGGUGUGAGCUGGGCCAGGUGUCUCCAUACUCUCCGGUCUUCUACGGUGGCUGGCGUCCGGAGGCGGUCCGGGAGGACGGUCAGCUGUGGGAGGAUCCAGUGGAGUCCGAGCACGAACACGAAGCUCUGAGGGCCAAACAGGAGCAGCAGUCUCAGUCGGUGGUCCGGCCCUCCCCCCCCCUGGCAGAUGAGAGAGACGGGGCCGAGCGACUCUACAGCUGCAGCUACGACUUUGUGGCGAGAAACAGCAGCGAGCUGUCGGUCCAGCAGGGAGACAAACUGGAGGUGCUGGAGUCGUCCAAGCGCUGGUGGAAGUGUCGUAACCGCUUCAACGAGGUGGGCUUCGUCCCGUCCAACAUCCUGGAGCCGGUCGCACACAUAGACCCCCUUGACGGGGGGCAGGGACCACCCAAGGCUCCGGCCCCUCCCCCGCUGGCCAAGAUGUUCUCGGCAGCCACGCCCAGCCCCCCCACCGUGCACCAGUCGCCAGGCCAGCGUCCGCGUGGCCUGCCGCCCUACGGCCAGCACCUCAUGGCCAGUGGAGAGGACUCAGAGAAAGCGAUGCAGGUGAAUGACGAGCUGCUCCAGAGGCUGACCAAUGGGAGGAGCCCCCUCACCAAGCCCGCCCUGGUCAUCCCCCGCUCCAGCGAGACCAGCGCGCCGCUGGACUACCACUCCCCCCCAGACGAGGUGGCCAGCUGGCUCCGGGGGAAGGGCUUCACCGAGCCGGCGGCGCAGUGCCUCGGCGUUCUGACGGGCGCACAGCUGUUCUCCCUGAACAAGGAGGAGCUACGCGCCGUGCUUCCUGAAGAGGGCGCCAGAGUGUACAGCCAGCUUGAGGUGCAGAGGGCGCUGCUGGAGGAUGCCCGGAACGCCACGGAGCUGGAGGCCGUCAUGGAGAAGCAGAAGAUGAAAGUAGAUUUGAAGAGCCAGGCAAACACGACAACAUUAUAAUACUUAACUCCUCCUACCACGAGGGCGGAUCUUCUGAACACCAAAGCAUCCCCUGUUCAUCUACCAGGACCCUGGACCUGGUCCUCGACCGUCUAGAACAAUACUCCAGUCAGUAGAAAGUGAAGAACGUACAGCCUCCUCAAACAUGGUUGGCCACGAAUUUUGCCUCCCUGGUUUAUUUCAGCACAUUUAUAUUCUUCUUCCUGAAAUAAUCCGCUAUUGGAGGAUUGCUGGUCUUGCACAACUGUUUCUACAUAUCCACUCUGUUGAAGGUCAAUUUAAAAUCUAUUUAUCUUUUAUUUAAAAUACCUCUUGUACAUCCGUUCUAACAGCCGAGUGCUGCUUCUGCUUCAAAGACUAUCCCUAUGUGUAUAUUGUAAGAAAGGGAAUGAGACAUCAUGAAAAUAAAAGGCUGGAAUAAUUUUAUUGGGGAUUCAAAAAAGUAUUUCCGCAAAAAAAAGGUAAAUAAGCAACAGGACGACUUCACCACGGUCUUCAAACCAUUACAACUCACGAAGCAACAUGUGAAAUGGAUACGUACAAAUUUCAAAAAAUACCAAAGACCGUUUGCCAAUUACUUCACAUCUAUACCAAGUUCCUCUACUAUUAUAUAAAAUAAAUUCUAAUACGAGCACGUCUUGCACCAAUUAAAAAAAACUGCUUGCCCCUCGACGCCAUGUGGUUCGAUCAGCCUCCCUCCGCUAACCCCCAAGGUAACGCUAACCCCCAAGGUAACGCUUAACACCAAGGUAACGCUAACCCCCAAGGUAACGCUAACCCCCAGGGUAACGCUAACCCCCAGGGUAACGCUA